GUUGAUAUAAAGGUGGCACUUAGCGAUCGGCGUGCCAUUUGUUGUUGAGUCUAGGAGCCAACAAGUCCGAUUUUAAUUUCUAUCAAAUCCUUUCGUUGGCCUAAAAGAUAAACAGUCAAAAUGUGUGACGAUGAUGCGGGUGCAUUAGUUAUCGACAACGGUUCGGGCAUGUGCAAAGCUGGCUUCGCUGGUGAUGACGCCCCACGUGCUGUCUUCCCCUCAAUUGUGGGUCGUCCACGCCAUCAAGGUGUGAUGGUGGGCAUGGGUCAGAAGGAUUCCUAUGUGGGUGAUGAGGCGCAGAGCAAACGCGGUAUCUUAACGCUCAAAUAUCCGAUUGAGCACGGCAUCAUUACCAACUGGGAUGAUAUGGAGAAAAUCUGGCAUCAUACCUUCUACAAUGAGUUGCGUGUGGCUCCCGAGGAGCAUCCAGUAUUAUUGACAGAGGCCCCACUUAACCCCAAGGCCAAUCGCGAGAAGAUGACUCAGAUCAUGUUUGAGACCUUCAACUCGCCAGCCAUGUACGUUGCCAUCCAGGCUGUGCUCUCCCUGUACGCCUCCGGUCGUACCACUGGUAUUGUGCUGGACUCUGGUGAUGGUGUCUCUCACACCGUGCCCAUCUAUGAAGGCUUCGCCCUGCCCCAUGCCAUUCUGCGUCUGGACUUGGCUGGUCGCGAUUUAACCGACUACCUGAUGAAGAUCUUGACCGAGCGUGGCUACUCUUUCACCACCACUGCCGAGCGUGAAAUUGUGCGCGACAUCAAGGAGAAGCUGUGCUAUGUGGCUUUGGACUUUGAGCAGGAAAUGGCAACUGCUGCCGCCUCCACCUCGCUGGAGAAGUCGUACGAGUUGCCCGAUGGUCAGGUCAUCACCAUUGGCAACGAGCGUUUCCGUUGCCCCGAGGCGCUGUUCCAGCCCUCGUUCUUGGGCAUGGAGUCCUCUGGCAUUCACGAGACUGUCUACAACUCGAUCAUGAAGUGCGAUGUCGACAUCCGCAAGGAUCUGUAUGCCAACUCUGUGCUGUCCGGCGGUACCACUAUGUAUCCUGGUAUUGCUGAUCGCAUGCAAAAGGAAAUCACUGCCCUGGCUCCAUCGACCAUCAAGAUCAAGAUCAUUGCUCCACCUGAGCGUAAAUACUCCGUCUGGAUCGGUGGCUCCAUUCUGGCCUCUCUGUCCACCUUCUCUCUGUCCACCUUCCAGCAGAUGUGGAUCUCCAAGCAGGAAUACGAUGAGUCCGGCCCCGGCAUUGUGCACCGCAAAUGCUUUUAAAUCUUUCCCUCGCUGCGAAAGAUCAACAAAGCCAGCAACCAACUUAGCCAAGACACAAACCACCAGCACAGACAUCUACACAAACACCAACACCUGCGAGCUUUUUAACAUCGCUAACUCGCCGCAACUUAAACAACAGCGAAUAAGAAGAAGAGGACUAUAAGAUCAACAAUACUUUUAAGUUAAUUUCCUCAAUAAUAAUCACAGGCGAAUUUCAGUCUGAACAACAUUAAAUGAAAUUCGCUGCAGUGCAGCAUAACUGAUAAUCUAUAUAUCAGCUUGCCAAAUAUAUAUCUUCCAUUAAAAAAGUAUCAACAUUUUCAAUAAAGACAUUUUUUCUAUUA